AUGUCUUACAACAAUUUUACAAGCAUUAGCUUCGGACUUCUUGAAAAUUUAGCUACGAUGACAGAUCUUUCUUUAGCCGAGAAUAGAUUAGCACUUCUAUUUCACAAUACCUUUCAUGAUCUUAACAAUUUGGAAGAAAUAUACUUACAAAACAAUGAAAUUGAGGUGAUCGAGGAUGGAGCAUUUCAUAAUUUGCAGAAAUUAUCGAUAUUGAAAUUAAGUCGCAAUAUCAUUGCUGAGAUCAGUUUACCGUUUUGGUCUUUGCCUAACUUGCGAAAGCUAUUAAUGUCCUCUAAUACGGCUUUGCUUGGAGAAUUAUUAUUUGCGAUGUUAAUUAGAGUUCUAACUGCUAAAUUUGGUAACUUUGACUCAGUUCAUUCAUAA